GUUGUUUAGUCGGAAGGCGGAGUUCAGUCCAAUAAAGUCCUCUCUGAACCAGCAGUGGAGUCAGUAGUACUUCUCACUUUCACUGGAAUAAAGACUUUUUUGUCAUUUACUUGCUGUGUCUUGUUUGGACGGCGGCGGAAAGCGGACUAAAUACGGUUACAGUUUCACCUGCGGGAUAAGUCGAACUAACGUCACCUCGUGAAAGGUGCUGUGGAGUUGACAAUGAAGCACCUGUCAUUAUUGUGCCUGUAUGCACUGGUGACCCUGUAUGGCCAUAAGGUCGUGCAGUCCCAGGCUGCCUCCUAUGGUGAGCGGGGCUCUGAUCUUGGCAUACAGGUGUUUCAGCAAGUAGUCCAGUCCAAGCCCCUGGAAAAUGUAGUGCUUUCGCCCCAUGGCGUUGCUUCCAUCCUUGGCAUGUUGCUUCCAGGGGCCCAUGGCGAGACUCGGAAGCAGGUCCUCAAUGUUCUACGGUACAAGAAAAACGGCCCGUACAAGAUGUUGAAAAAGCUGCACAAGACCUUGACGGCAAAGUCCAACCAGGACGCCGUGCUGAUCGCCAACGCCAUGUUCAGCCAGGAGGGUUUCCCCAUGGAGAAAGCCUUCAUAUCCACCAACAAAGCCAACUUCCAGUGUGAGAGCAGGAGCUUGGACUUCAACAACCCACAGGGGGCAGCAGAUGAAAUCAAUGAAUGGGUUAACAAUAAGACCAAAGGUCACAUCCCCAGCCUGAUCAAAGCAGACAUGCUGGACUCGGCUCUGACCCGUCUGGUCGCUGUCAACUCAAUCUACUUCAAAGGCUUAUGGAAAUCUCGCUUUCAGCCCGAGAACACCAAGAUGAGACCUUUCAGCGGGGGCGACGGAAACGUAUAUAAAGUUCCGAUGAUGUCCCAGUUGUCUGUUUUCAACAUCGGCUUGGCCACCACGCCUCAGGGACUGUCAUAUAAGGUGAUAGAGCUGCCGUAUCACGGCAACACCAUCAGCAUGAUGAUAGUCCUGCCCUCUGAAGAGGACACACCUCUGUCCCAUUUUAUCCCGCACAUCAGCACAGCUACAGUGCAGAGUUGGAUCAAACUGAUGCACAUGAGAAAAGUCCGCCUGCUUAUUCCCAAGUUCACUGCUGAUGCAGAGGUGGAUUUGGAAGGCCCCCUCUCAGCACUGGGAAUAACAGACAUGUUCAGUCAGGGCAAGGCCGACUUCAGAAACCUCAGUGCUGAGCCUGUGCAUGUAUCCAAGGCGCUCCAGAAAGCCAAAAUUGUGGUGAAUGAAGACGGAACAAAAGCAGCAGCUGCCACUACUGCCAUUCUGCUGGCUCGCUCCUCCCCACCUUGGGUCACAGUGGACAGACCUUUCCUCUUCAUCAUCAGACAUAACCCAACAGGUACCAUUCUCUUUAUGGGCCAGAUUAACCAGCCUUGAGCCCAGCCGUCACUGGCCAGCCACUGGUAGCAUCAUAGGCUGACAUGGGAAAUGCUUCUACACUGCCAUGCACUCACACACAGACACACACACACACACACAGACUUUGCUGUAGACUUAUGUACAGUGUGAACAUAUGAUGUUAUUUGUUUUAAAUAUUGCUUUUUAUGUUACCCGUUUUCUGUAAUGCAUAACAUGCUUUAUAAAAAAUGUUUUGCUGACUAAAUUUUCCAGCCGUUUUAAUUUUUGUAUACCUUUUUUUGAAUUUAUUACAUUUUUAAAAGACUUUGAAUGUCAGUUGUGUAUUUUCUCAACUCUGGAGUAGGAUAAUCUGUUUAUUUAUCACGUUGCUGUUUCCAUUUAAAAUUUCUCUGUCUCAAGUCGUGUCACUCCAGUCAGUUCUAAGUUUCACUCCUAAGUUAUGGCAAUGUGCGUCCCAUCUUGAACAUUUUGCAUUACUGUUACUUUACAAUGAUUGUUUCCCUCACUGAGGAAGUCUUCUGUUAUCAUUCUUGCUUCAAAUUUGAUCAAAUAAAUACACAUAUUUAUAACA